AUUGUGAUACGAGUGUAAAUGUAGGUGUAUAAAUACAGUUCCCAUUGAACGACGUUUCCCCAUCGCAGGUCGGUCCUGGGCAUUCUUCGUUGUUCAUUCUCUUUUUACCACUUCUAGUCAUUCCUUCACAACACUUGUACUUGUCGCUCAUUCUUUAAUAACCUCUUGACGUUAAUCAUGGCUCUUAUUAAACACACCAUUCUUUUCUUCGCUUUGGCUGCUCUGUUGACUUUCGCCCUCGCUCUCCCAGUUGCAUUCCCCUCCAAUCAAGUACUGGAAGCGCGACUGAAGAUCGGUCCUGCCAAACCGCGUCCUGUGGCUCCCCGACCUGCAAGGCCUGCUCCAGCCAAAGCCCCUGCUCCAGCCAAGGCACCUCCACCUCCCAAGCGCCCUGCACCCCCUCCAAAGUCGGUCUGCAACGGAUUGAAAGACAAGAAUGGCAACGGAAACUGUGAUGCGUGUGUGAAAAACAGUGCUUGCGCUUUCGACCGUGAUGGUCUUAAAUGUGUACCGAAGCCAGCUGGUUCCCUUGGCGCUAGCUUCGUGACUACUUCCACACAAUGUCGCACGAUCAGACAGACGACCAACAUAAAUCCCAAUGCUGACAUUCAGAAGCAAGCUGCCGCUGAGUUUGCGCGGAUGGAGAAGCACAUCUUUCAAGGCGAAACAGAUCCCACUUCUGGCCGACACACAUUUAGCGCUUGGACUGCGAAGAACAAAGAUGCAGGUAUUUGCGACAAGAACACCCACCUAUGCGCAUUCCGACUUAAUGAGAAAACGCCGAAGACCAUUUGGGAUGAUCGCUCGGGUGCCUAUACUAAGCAAGACAUCAAAGAUAUGUGUUUGAAUGCCAUCACGUUGAACAUUCAGAAGAACAACAAUGCCAAGUCCUCCGCUGCUUUCGUCGUGCAAACGAAAUUUGGCAAGCCUAUCUGCAUCGAACAUCUCGUCACGAAGGCAAAUACUCCGUCAUGCUUCCCUCUUGGUAUUCAUUCCACGUUCCCUGGAUCGAGGCCACUGGGCUCUUCCUGUAGUGAUACGGGCCAUGGUGCUAUCAAAGGCGUGACCGAAGAUAUUGCAACGCGAAAGUGACGAAGUUGACGUUACAUAGUAUAUACUGGUAAUAAGUGUGAAUUUGCAUGCAUUCUGGUACAUUCAUCUCACUGGCUAUUGGAGUC